AUGGGGCAGGAGGAGGAGCCAUGCAACCGCUGUCAGUGCCUGAACAGUGCCAGAUGUAACCCCAUCACCGGGGCCUGCGUCUGCACUGACGGCUACCAGGGGUGGCGCUGCGAGGAAACCUGCGACCCCGGCUUCUACGGGAAAGACUGCCAGCAGCAGUGCCGGUGCCUGAACAACGCCACCUGCCACCAUGGAACCGGGGAGUGCGUCUGUGCUCCAGGCUACAGCGGAGCUUUCUGUGAAGACCCCUGUCCGCCGGGCAAACAUGGCCCUCGGUGUGAGCAGCGCUGCCCCUGCCAGAAUGGAGGAUUGUGUCACCACGUUAGCGGAGAGUGCUCCUGCCGUCCCGGUUGGAUGGGUCAAGUGUGCGCUCAGCCAUGUCCGUUUGGAUGGUUCGGGGUCAACUGCUCUCAGGAGUGCACCUGUCGCAACGGAGGCCUGUGCGACCACAUCAGUGGUCAAUGCCAGUGCACGUCUGGCUACAUCGGAGAGAGAUGCCAGAAUGAAUGCCCCGUUGGCUCAUACGGACCACAGUGUGCCCACAAGUGUGAUUGUCAGAACAGGGCCAAGUGCUACCACAUCAAUGGAGCCUGUCUGUGCCAUGAGGGCUUCAAGGGCCCCAGCUGCCAGGAGCGCUUCUGUCCCGCUGGCAUGUACGGAGUCGUCUGUGACAAAUACUGCCCCUGCAAAGCCAACAAUACUCUCAGCUGCCACCCCCUGUCAGGGGAGUGCAUCUGCGCACCAGGAUGGGCGGGGCUUUUUUGCAAUGAGACAUGUCCUGCUGGUUACUUUGGUGAGAGCUGCAGGGAGCCAUGCAUCUGCAUGAAUGGAGCUGACUGCGAUGGCGUCAGCGGCACCUGUACCUGCGCUCCAGGAUUCAUGGGAGACGACUGCUCCAUCAGCUGUCCUGCAGGCCUCCACGGCGCCAACUGCUCGUCCUCCUGCUCCUGCCACAACCACAUUUCCUGCUCGCACAUGGACGGUGCCUGCUUCUGCAGAGAAGGCUGGCAGGGCGUGGACUGCUCCAUCCCGUGCUCCAGUGGCACCUGGGGUCUGAGCUGCAAUCAGACCUGCGAGUGUUUGAACGAGGCAGCCUGUGACCCGGUCAACGGUACCUGCACCUGCUCUCCAGGCUGGAGGGGGGAGAGCUGCAGCACUCCGUGUCUCGAGGGAUCUUACGGACUGAAAUGCAGAGAGUCAUGUGACUGCAUCAACGCCAACGGCUGCGAUCCGGUGACUGGCGCCUGCCGGUGUCUUCCAGGUUGGACUGGUGUGCACUGUGACAGUGUGUGUGAGGAGGGACGGUGGGGGCCUGACUGCUCAUACAGCUGCUCCUGCCAGAACGGAGGCACCUGCUCGCCAGAAGACGGCGCCUGUGUGUGCGCACCAGGAUACCGCGGCGCCACCUGCAGGCGAGUCUGCUCUCCCGGCUUUUUUGGCCCCGCCUGCAGCCAGUCCUGCCCUCCGUGUGUCCACGGCGAAGGCGUGUGCCACCACGUCAGCGGACGCUGCCAAUGCCUGUCCGGAUACUUCGGCUCCCUCUGCAACCAAGUGUGUCCCAGUGGAAAGUAUGGCAGAAAGUGUGGAGAGACCUGCUCAUGCAGCAACAACAGCACCUGCAACCCCAUCGACGGCUCCUGUCAGUGUCACCCGGGGUGGGCGGGACACAACUGCUCCACGAUGUGUCCUCUGGGGUCUUGGGGCCUGGACUGCAUCCACACAUGCAACUGCCACAAUGGAGCUUACUGCCAUCCUGUGGACGGAGAGUGCAACUGCAGUUCUGGAUGGACAGGACUCUACUGCACACAGCGCUGUCCAACGGGCUUCUACGGCUCUGAAUGUGCCGAGGUCUGCCGCUGCCAGAACGGGGCGGACUGCGACCACGUGACGGGCCGGUGCUCCUGCAGGACCGGCUUCAUGGGGGACAACUGCGAGCUCAAGUGUCCAGCAGGGACCUUCGGCUAUGGCUGCCAGCAGCUGUGUGAGUGCAUGAACAACGCCACCUGCGACUACGUGACGGGAACCUGCUACUGCAGCCUGGGCUUCAAAGGGAUCCGCUGUGACCAGGCGUCUCUGGUAAUGGAGGAGCUGAACCCCUACACCAAGAUCAGCCCGUCGCUGGCGUCGGAGCGGCACUCAGCAGGCACUGUCAUGGGCAUCAUCUUCCUGCUUCUGCUCAUCGUGGCCAUGCUUUCUCUGGUGCUGUGGUUCCGCUACCGACAACAAGAGAAGGGCCAGCAUGUACCAAAUGUGGCUUAUACCCCCGCCCUGCACAUCAGUUCCACAGACUACUCCCUGUCAGGGCUGCAGUGUGCAGGUCUGCUUUCCUCUGCAGAGUCCUCCCCCAGCAACGCCUCUGCUGCUGGCUGCUUUUCCAACCCAAGCUACCGCACUGUGGGAAAGUGCAUGCACAACACCAAACCUGAGAAAAAGACUACCUCAAAGAAGGGACACAGGAACAGUGCUCCAGAGUGGGGGGCCUACUGCAACUUCAGUGAGCCGGGCGUUUGCUGCAUCGACAGGCGCUUCAGCUACCACGUGGAGCCAUGCUACAGAGACUACAUGAAGGCCACGUUGUCCAGCACAUGCUCUCUAAACAGCGAGAACCCAUAUGCCACCAUCAAUGACCCCCCCGCCCAGUGCAAACACUUGGAGAGCAGCUAUGUGGAGAUGAAGACACCAGUUCACCAACUGCACAGGGCUCACUGUUAUUCAGCUGCCAUCAUCAGCACCAACACCAACAUGCCCGCCAAGAACGUGUACGACGUGGAGCCCACCGUCAGUCUGGUGCAGGCUGCCGGACCUCCCGGAUACCCUCACAACCCGUACGACCUGCCCAGGAACAGCCACAUCCCAAGUCACUACGACCUGCUUCCUGUGCGCCCCAGCCCUUCCCACAGCUAUACCCCCCCUCUGCCCGGCAGUCCCACCAGCUCACUGCUCUAAACCUGCCCGAGUCCGGCUCAGCCGAAACAACGGCGGGAUCUGUGAAUCUGUUCAGGAUGUGUGUUUUGGGGACAAUUCUAGUCUUGAUCUUGUGUGUGGAUGGAUGUGCGCACACGUGUGCACAUGCAAGGACACGUGUGUGUGACUGUAUCUGUUUUUAUGCCAGUGAGCACAAAACAUUUGAGUUUCAUUGCAAAACUUGGAACCCAAGAAUCAGAAAAACUUUGGACCCAUUUUACAGCUUUUCUGGACAAAAGAAUCACAGAUAUGACAUCCAUUUGUUUUAUUUAUAUAUGUUGUAGUAAUCCACCCAUCUUCAGAAUUAGCUGGAUCCCUUUUGGGUCACUGGCCUGCCUAUCCCAGCAACUGCUGGGUGAGGGCAGGACACCCCAGGCAGGUUUCCAGUCAGGGCCACACAACCACAUACCACGUUCAUCGGAUUAAUGUCAGAUAAAGUUUACAGAAGAUGGUCAGAAAAAGAGAAAAUAUCCAGUGAGCAGCAGUUCUGUGGUCAGAAAUGUCUUGUUGACACCAGAGGUCAGAGGUCAGACUGGUUCCAGCUGAUGG